UAGUGUUCAGCAAAAUACAACCGUGAUUCUGGAGAUAUCUAUUCAAUAAAGUAAUGGGAAUGUUAUAAAACCACUGUAAUGUUGAAACCGAAAUCGAAUAGAAUGAUACCAAUGUACAGUUGUGAUUGUAUCCAAUGUGACGUAAUCUACCAAAAUGCACUCAUUUAAUACUUGAUAACACCACAACUGAUAUUGACUGAGAGGCCUUCGACGGCCGAGCUACAUUGAACUCACCAGGGGGCGUGGUCACCACUCGCAAGGGGGCGUGGUCACCGACUUUGACACCUUCACUGAUCGGUAUAAAUACUUGUAGGCGGCCAUUGUUCUCGAGUUCGCUGGUCGGAGACAACAGACAUGGUCUAGGGAGGGUCGUGAGUGUCCUUUUUAGCACAACACUUUUUCCUUUAUUAAAUACUUUCGAUUUUAACUGUUCAUUUCCAAGAUGUCUCCCGUCCGUCUGGUGUUUCUUCACGCUGCAGCGCCGGGCUAUAAGCGUCUCUGAAGUCUUUGUCUGCCCAUGGCAAAUAGUUUUGGGCCUCGGUACCACGUGAGGAAUUCUACUUCGCCCUGAAAAAAACGAAACACAAUCCACCCCGUCAGCGGCCUGUAACGGUUGCUGCCACCUGGCGCGGCUCCCCACCACCAUCGAUCCAGUUUCACUGGAGUGUGUCGGGGGGGGGGUGGUCGAAAAGCAGUCUACAGAAGGAAUGCAAUGUGUAUCCCUAAGUCCAUGUGUCUGUAUCGCUCUGAUUGUUGUGUGAAGGCUUUGUGGGGUGAACUGGGGAAAAGUUUCUUUGAAAGUACCCUUCUGCGCUUCUCUCUUUGUUUUUCCCUCCUAUGGACCCAAAGCUAUUUGUGUUUUCUCUCACCACUGCAGGCAAAUGUCUUCGGUGGAAAACAAUUCCGAAAAAAGAAGCUGUUGGUUACUCGACGCAGAAGGCUGCUGACUAUAGCCGGCGGCCUUUAGCAGCUAAACAGCCAGAUAUUUCCCUCAGGAAGAUGUUGAGACACAACAGAGUUGAAUUAAGUGUUCGCUGGGACACAACUUGUUACUGGUGUUUCUGCCUGGGUUGUAAUUUAGCACUUUUUCAUCUGGGACUUGCUUAAAAUGUAAUAAUCCUCCAGAUGGUUUUGCAGGACGUAGCAGUGGACAUUUCACGAGUUUAGUUUUGUACAAAUGAAGUAGUUUCCCUACGCGUUCCUUGCACUAUUCAGUCAUUGCAACAUUUACAACAAUUAUCAAUUAAUCAAAUGUUAACAAUCCAACAGGUAAAAGUAAACUUGAUAUUUGUGUGAAGGGAACGAUUAGGUUAAUAAACAACUUUUCACAUUUCUCAUUGCAAUAGUUUAUACAAAAAAAUCAUAUUCUUAAACAUUUGUAUUCAUUUGGGAAUAUCUCAUUAAAAAAACCCAACUUUGUCCCCUAUGGACUCCCACACGGGCAUAUCGCUGCAGAGUGUUGAGUCUCGUCAACCCCCCCACCUGAAAGCUUAAGCGAGCUGGAUUCUCAAGUAAGGGACUCGGCUUCCGUUUUGCCCCCCACAGGACGUGAAUGCAGCACAACACAUCCCUAGUAGGAGGGAGGGAGGGGGAGAGAGAGAGAGAGCGCAGAUGAGACCCCAUGCACAGCAUAGCAUUCGGGUCCUCUUUCAAACCAACACACAUACACACACACUGUGCGCCACAUCCCCCCCCCCCACACACAAAUGCCAGGACACUCAUACACGUGCAAUCCUAUAACCGGAGCACCGUCAGUCGGAGCCGGCUGCCGGUGGCAGACCUCAACGUGUCCCCGGGACGCAGAGCUGGGAGCCCGCUGUGAGAGGAGCUCGUUCCCGGCGCACAGGAGCGCGGAGCCGGAGACCUCCAUCCGCGAGGCGGAAGAGCAUUCGGCUGCAGGAGAAGAGACGAGAGAACGGGGAAGGUGAGCAAAUCCAACCCGGUCCAGCGGCUGCCGCUGCUGCUGCUUGGAGGAAGAGGAGGAGGAGGAGGAGGCAGCGCGGUGCCUGGAGGAGCACGGACCCAAAGCAAAGCGGAGCACCUCCAGCGUGCAGAUGUGAGGGAGUGCAGAGCGAGUUCUAGUCCUGGGUUUCUGGCCCGGUGGUAUCCAGAGCAGGAGGAAGCCGUGAAAAAGGAGGGCCAUGGGGGCGAGCCCCGGCCGGGAUGCGGGCUGGCUCCCGCCUUUCCUGGUCUCGCUGCUGAUGGUCGCGGUGUCGCCCGCCCAGAGUCAAGGAUGUCCCCAGCGUUGUGAUUGCUUCGCCAAGCUCAAGACCGUGUCCUGUUUUGGUAAACGCCUGUCCUCGCUGCCCGACGGCAUCCCGCUGGACACCAAGGUCCUGGACCUGAGUGGGAAUAAACUCCGCUGGGUGGAGCAGAGUGACCUGCUUUCGUAUCCACGUCUGGAGAAGCUGGACCUGAGUGACAACAUGGUCAGCAGCCUGGAACCGAAUGCCUUCUCCAGUCUGCAGAACCUGCGGUCGCUUUCACUGAGGGGCAACCAAUUGAAACUGGUCCCCAUGGGGGCUUUCUCCCGUCUGUCCAACCUAACAUCACUGGACCUCAGUGGGAAUAAGAUUGUCAUUCUUUUGGACUUUACUUUCCAGGACUUGAAAAGCCUGAAAAACCUUGAAGUUGGAGACAAUGAUUUGGUUUACAUUUCCAACAAAGCCUUUCUGGGCCUGGUGGGGCUGAGGGAGCUGACCAUCGAGAGGUGCAACCUGACUUCUGUGUCCAGCCAGUCUCUGUCCUACCUGCAGAACCUGGUGGUUCUGCGGCUGCGCUACCUCAGUAUCUCCACCUUGGAGGACCAGAACUUCCGUAAGCUGGCAAACCUGAGGGGCCUCGAGAUCGACCACUGGCCCUUUCUGGAGCACGUUCCCCCUCACAGCCUGCAGGGGCUCAACUUAUCUUGGCUGUCUAUCACUCACACUAACAUCACCUCCGUGCCCACCUCCGCCCUCCGCAGUCUGGCUCACCUCACCAGCCUCAACCUCUCGCACAACCCCAUCUCCGUGCUGGAGUCCUGGGCCCUGCGGGACCUCGUUCGGCUGAAGGAGCUGCAUCUGGUCAACACCAAUCUGGUGGCGGUGCAGCCGUACGCGCUGGGCGGUCUGCGGCAGAUCGGCCUCCUGAACCUCUCCGCCAACGGCCUGGUGUCCCUGGAGGAGGGGGCCUUCCAGUCCGUCAACACUCUGGAGACGCUGCGCUUGGACGGAAACCCUCUGGCCUGCGACUGCCGCUUGCUGUGGAUCCUCCAGCGGCGGAAGACCCUGAAUUUCGACGGCGCCUCCCCCGUGUGCAUGUCGCCCGUGGAGGUGCAGGGACGGGCCCUGGACGCCUUCUCCGACUCGGCCCUCUUCGAUCACUUCACCUGCCAGAAGCCCAAAAUCCGCAACAGGAAGCUGCAGCAGGUGUCUGCCCGCGAGGGGCAGGUCGUGUCGUUCGUCUGCAGAGCGGAGGGCGAGCCGGCGCCGGUGAUAUUCUGGAUCUCGCCCCAGCGCCGCCGCAUCACCACAAAGAGCGGCGGGCGCCUGACGGUGUUGCCGGAGGGCACGCUGGAGAUACGGUACGCCCAGGUGACAGACAGCGGAACCUACAUCUGCAUAGCCAGCAACGCGGGCGGGAACGACACCUACUUCGCCACGCUCACGGUCAGCGGGCUGCCGCUCGAUGCGGCGCUGAUGGCCAACCGCACGUACUACGCGGGCGACCUCAACGACACCAAUCUGAAUGACACCAGGGUCUUCUUGAAGUUCACCCUGGACCUCAAGACCAUCCUCAUAUCCACGGCCAUGGGCUGCAUCAUGUUCCUGGGGGUGGUGCUCUUCUGUUUCAUUCUGCUGUUUGUGUGGAGUCGAGGGAGAGGCCAGCACAAGAACAACUUCUCGGUGGAGUAUUCCUUCAGGAAGGUGGACGGACCCGCCGCCAGCGGAGGGCAGGGCGGCGCUCGCAAGUUCAACAUGAAAAUGAUUUGAUUCUUGGGGUCUGUCUCUCUCUUUGGGGUUCUCAGUGCUGUUCGAGAGAUGGAGAGACACAGGGGGGGGGCCUUUGUGCUUGCGGAACAUAAAAUGCAGUUGUUUGUUGGACAUUUUAUUGAGUUCAAGGUUUUGUUUCGAGAAAAGGAAAAAAUCUGCAUGGAUUUGAUAUAUUUAUAUUUUGCCUUCUGUCGUGUGUUCAAGUCACCAUGCGGAGCAAGCCUGGACGUAUAAAGUAUAAAGAUGUCUGGAAAUCCCGAAUAGACUGUUAAAACUCCCAGCAGUCUUUAACCUUGACUCUAGCUCUCGCCAAUUCAAUCGUUCCUCUCUACAAAGGUCUUCACCUCUGUGCUCCAUUGGAGGUUGUUUUCCACUAACCAGGAAUAUUUAUAGCCCGGCGGUGCUCAACGAAUGCCAAGGACUUGCCAGUAUGUAUUUGAAUAGUUCCAGCUAUAUACUGCAUAUUUAGACUAAUUUACAGUCAGGGUUUUAGGGCACUACUGUGACAUAAAUAUAAAAGCUCUGCUUUUUCUUUUGCUCAUGAUGAGUUUGUUCAGGGUACAAUAAAACGAGACUCUGCAACACUGCCAAUUUGACCGUAAAGCACCAUGUGGUGUGUGAGAGAAUUGUUCUUCUCACCACGUAAGAUAGUGAAAAAUCAAAGCAGGACACUGAAAGUUUGGCUUCAAUUAAUAGGACAAAAUGCACGUUUGUGUGGUGACAAAUGGGUACAUGCAGAUGUUCACUUUUAGCCUCUUGUGUUUUUCCAUUACAGGUCUGAAAAGGACUUUGUGCAUCUAUUUAAAGAGGUGGCUUCUUACUUUAAAUAAUUUGCAUCAUUUGUAAAUGUGUUGGGGUGCAUUGAUCCCGCUGUUGAAUUGCUCAUACUGUAUAGGUAGGAUAUACAUAUAUAUAUACAUAUGCUGUAUAAGAUGUAUUAUAUAUUUUGCAAUCGAAACCGUGUUGUUGUUUAUAGUACUGUUGAGUGUUUAUUGCAAACCUUCUGUUCUACUGUUAUUCUAAGGUUAGUCUCUUUUUCAAAUACUCGACACGCAGCUCGACGUUACUCUGCUGCGCCCCGCUGGCCAGAGACGGUACUGGGUUGUUUGUGACCAAUUAAAAGGACCAUCAGACUUGACCUCGCCGACCUUGACACGUGAUAGCUAGCAAUAAUCACCCAGGCCAACUGUGAAGGUGAUGGAGGGAUGAGCUGUAUUUAACAUUUGGUGAGAAUUGAUUUUGAGUCAUGACACAAUAUGGUUUAUUUUAUUUAGUAACAAAUUAAACCUAUUUUACAGAUUAAACCUUACAAAAUCAAAGUAUUAAUGAUGAACUGUGAAUACGUUCUGCGCCUUGACAUCAGUUCCGGUCUGCAGUUUUAAAAAUACAAAUUGGGUAUAAUUGAAGCUGAAUUCUUCCUGUGAAUAUGGAAACCAUGGUGUCAGGAAACUGUGCUAGACGUUUUUGUAUUGUAUCAUUUUAUAAAAAUGAAGCACACUGUUUAUAAAGCAUGCUAUGUUACCUGCUAUGAUGUCUUUGCCCUGUCUUUUUCCUUUUUUCUUUUCCUUUGCGGUCAUCUGGUCACUAAAUCGAAGUCUGAGAAGUUGUGACCACGUCACUGUGAAAUGUUUAUUUUGCAAGUUGUUUUUAUCGUAUUAUAUAUAUUUUUUUGUGGAUGUCCCAUUGUAACACAUUAAGAUGUCAUGAUUCACUAAAGUGAAUUAUAUGGUACUGCUUACACUGAAUGUGGAGAUUGAUGUUCAUCUUCUAUGCAUUCAUCACAUCAAAAGAGUUAAAUGUCCUUUGUGAGCAGAUUAAAAAUAGCGCUGCUGUUCA